AUGUGUGCUCAAGUAGCUCAUGCCGCAGUCGAUUUAUAUUCACAAUUAAAUGAUCAACGUUCAAAGGACUUAAACUGUUGGAGAAGAUAUGGUCAAACGAAAAUUGUUGUACGUGGAAAGUCAGCUGAAGAAUUACUUGAAAUACAAAAUCAAGCUUCCCGAACGAAAGGAAUCGUUACAGCGACUAUACAAGACGCGGGUAGAACAGAAAUUGAAACGUCAUCUAUCACAUGUCUUGGUUUAUUUGGUACAAAUUCCAACUUAGAUCCUAUAACGGGUCAUUUGAAGUUGAUGCACGAUUGUUUAAGAUGUAGUAAUAAUGACAGUAUAACGAAAGUUAAUGGUGAUGGUAGACAACGUCAAACAACAAAAAGAGCAAGAGGAAAACAAAAAAAUGAUAUUAAAGGAGAAGAAAGUCCGACAGAAGAUUCAACAGUAGUAGUGAUUAAUUCUCAAUCAGAUACAUCAGAUGUGCAAUCAACGACCACAAAUACUGAUGGACAUGUUAAACAGACAGAAACGGAAAUUGUUGAAAUAAAAUAA